AUGACCGACCUGAUCGAGUGUCAUCCACCUUCAAGAUGCCAUCAAACUAUCCACCACCGCGUCCUCUGUCUUCUUCUAUCUAAACUAUCACUACAUGUCAUCGUAACUAAUAAUCUGUUUGUUCAAGAUGGUGGAUCCUAUCCACCUCAUUUUCUUUUUCUUUUUCUCCUUAUCUUUCACACUCCGCUUGCAACGGCACAGCAGCAGGAGUACCCAUUGCCUAAGGUAAGAGGUGACAAGACCAUGGUCAUUGUCCUCCUCGUCCUCGUGGCCGUCUUCUUCGCCCUAGGCCUCCUCUCCAUCUACAUUCGCCAAUGCUCCGAACGUCGGCACCGUGACCAGCUCCACCCUGCUAUCCUCUCUGCCACCUACGGUGGAGGCAACAGCGGGGGGCAGCAUCAUGGCCUUGGCAUUGCGGUGGUGGACUCAUUUCCAUCCUUCAUCUACUCCAACGUGAAGAGUCACAAGAUCGGGCAGGGGGCGCUAGAAUGCGCCGUGUGCCUAUGCGAGUUUCAAGAUGAAGAAACGCUGCGUUUGAUCCCACAAUGCUGCCACGUGUUCCACUCCGACUGCAUCGAUGUCUGGUUCUCCUCCCACUCAACAUGUCCAGUCUGCCGUGCAAACCUCACGCCAAAACCACCUGACACGUCAUCACCACAAUCCCUCGUUGUAAACAUUUCGGAUCAACCUGAUACGAAUCCAGUUAACAGUGAGCCAAAUAUCAUUUCCCUGAUCAAUGAUGGCGACCAGAACAAUGCAAUAAUAACAGAGCCGAAGUCUCAUCAGGAGAUGAGAACUAUUUUUAAUUUUGAUGAAGAGAAUGGUUCGGUUCGGUCAUUUUAUCGUUUUAACUCGGCCGGUCAUUUUACGGUUCGACCGGUAGGAACGGUUAGUUGGAGGGUAACAUUUCAAACGGAGAGAAGCCAGAAGGAGGGUUAUAGGACAAGGAGUGCAGGAAGCACAGAGCCACCAUUUAUUGGCAUGACCAGAUUUGAAAGGUUAGAGAAGGGUGAGAGCAUUAAAGGAAAUGAGGUUGAAGUAGAUGGGGGAGAACGGUCUUUUGAUCUUCUAUUUCCCAAGGGCUCGAGGGAUGAGAAUUAG